UUGUAAGAGCAGACCGUGGGACAGAGAACUGCUAUGUACGGGAAUUCCAGAGAUUCUUACGGCGUAAUGGAAGUGAUGCCUUUGCAGAAGAAAGGAGUUUCAUGUACGGUUCAAGCAACCACAAUCAACGGAUCGAAAGUUUUUGGGGAUUUUUGAGGAAAGAAUGCAUUGAGUUCUGGCUAGAAUUUUUCCAUGGAAUGAAGAACGAGGGAUACUUUGAUGGCACCUUUCUUGACGUGAACCUAGUUCUCUUCUGUUUCCUCGGCCUAAUCCAGGAUGAACUUGACCGGACAGCUGAUGUGUGGAAUACGCAUAUCAUUUCCCCAUCCAAGAAUGAAAAUGUACCACACGGCCGACCAAAUGUUAUGUAUUUCGUGCCAGAAUUAUAUAACACUAAAAACUACACACAGGGGAUCACUCAAGAUGAUUUAGACGAAUGUGAGGAAGAAUGUAUCUUCCGAGGAUCGAUUCCAUGCGAUGAGGACGUCUUCCGUCUUUGCAGUUUUAUCAUGGCAAAGAGACACCUUACUUUGUCACAUGAUGCCUACAGUGGACUUGAAUUGUACCUCGUUCUGAGAGAGGUAUUGUCAGUAUUAAAUGAAUAACAUUUAUUACAAUCUUCAGAUUAGUGAAAAUACUAAAUGAACAUAAUUGGAUCUAGCAAAACAUGGGAUAAACCAACCCACCUCUGCCUUCCACGUCCUAUGUACGAUUAUGUUACUAUACCAAAACCCUGGCCCAAUUUCAUGGCUCUGUUUACCGUAAGCAACGAAUCGGCGAUUAUGGAAGCAGUGUUUAUCACAGAUUAGCACGAAAAUGUUUCUUGGGCGCGUGCGUACUUCACGUUUCACAGGCAUUCUUUGCUUAAACUAGCGCCGAAAUUCAGCAUUUUCACUGUAAGCGAAGAAUGGAGAUCACAAGCACAGAAUUCUGCGGUAAAAAAAGCCAUGAAAUUGGGCCAAGAUCUUGGAGUGUUUGACUGUGGUCUUAGAGCUGCAAACCAGCAUUCUGCCUUCUCUGUCAAAGCUUUUGACAUGAAUACUUCAAAAUAAUACACACACAACUCUUUCAAAUUAAAAGUGCAUGUGGGCUUGAAGUGCAAGUACAAAAUACAUUUAGCGCGUUUUUAUUAAAGAUCUAAUUUAGUUACGGUCAAUAUACUGUUUAAAAAGUAAGUAUAAAUCAUACACUUGUGAAUAAAGUCUAAAGUGUAUACGUUAUCGAAAAGCUGAAGAAGAGAUCGUCGUUUCAUUUCAAGCCGAUUGUCUAAAAUUAAUAAAGUAGGCCGCCAUGUGUUGUUAAGCAAGUGAUGAAUGCUCAAUAUUGAGCCACUUCGCCAAUAAUGUGCAAACUGACAACAGUUUUUAAGACGCCGUUAAAGUAUAAGAAUGACAAGUAAUAAGUUCUUGGCGAAUUGAUGUGUUCUUUUUUAUUGAAACAAACGGCAAGUAAACACUAACAAUGGAAUACAGAAAACAGAUUAACAAAAUAGUGUAAACAAUCUUUUAAAAAGUGCAUCGUGGCAAAAUGUUCAACAAAUUAAUUGCCGUGAAUGUAUGCCAUUCAGACAAGAUCAGGGCCAAAUUAUUUCAUAGAGCUGCUUAAGCAGGUAAUUUUGCUUACAAUGUGUGAUUAGCAAAAAUGAGCAGGCAUUAAGAAAUGGUGCAUGUGACAUGGUAUUUUGGCUGGUUACCUUAUUCUGGUAAGCAUAAUUUUGUUGUGCUUAGCUUCUUUUCUGCUUAAGCAGCUCUAUGAAAUUGGGCCCUGUCAGCAUGACAACUCAAUGGUAAGGCUAUAGUUUUAUUAGGACAGUUACAAAUGUAUAAUACAAACGUGUUUCUUUAUACACCGUUUAAAAGUGGCGCACAGGAUGUCUUGCUAAACAAUGUUUUUAUUUUUAUGUUUUAUUUAUAUGUAAACUUAGGAUCUGACAUUUAAAUUUGUAUCAUUAGUUAGUUUGUCAGACAGAAAAUGUGCUCGUUAUAUA